CUCUCUCAGUCAAGUCCUCCGCUCGCGGCCACAGACCGGGGCCUCGCCCCGCCCCUGCCACGUCUUCUGGGCGGGGUUCUCGUCCCUGACCACGCCUUCGAGGGGCGUGGUCCUAGUGCCCAGGCCGGGCCUCAUCUCGCCCCCCCCAAGUCCUCCGAACCCCUCACCUCCCCAGCCAAGCCAAGCUUUCCGGGCUUGGUCCUUGUCCCCAGCCGGGGCCUCGGAGCCUGUCCCGAUCCCGGGCUGGUCCAACCCCAAGACCCAGCCACGUUCCCGCGAGAGGAAAGUCAACUUUCUCUGCCCGCUGCCUCGGCGCCCCCAGGGCUAGCCCCGACCUGGUGUAGCUUCGGCCGGAAGCGGAAGUGCGUGUCAGCGGAAUCAUGGCGACUUUUGCUGAACUCCCGGACUCGGUCCUGCUGGAGAUCUUCUCUUACCUCCCGGGUCUGUCACCGCUGGAAGAGGCUGGUGGACGACAGAUGGCUGUGGCGACACGUCGACCUGACGCUCUACACGAUGCGGCCAAAAGUCAUGUGGCACCUCCUUCGCCGGUACAUGGCAUCCCGCCUCUACUCCCUGCGGAUGGGUGGCUACCUGUUCUCUGGCUCCCAGGCCCCGCAGUUGUCCCCUGCCCUGAUGAGGGCCCUGGGCCAGAAGUGCCCCAACCUAAAGCGCCUCUGCCUGCACGUGGCCGACCUUAGCAUGGUGCCGAUCACCAGCUUGCCCCCCACGCUGAGGACCCUGGAGCUGCACAGCUGCGAGAUCUCCAUGGCCUGGCUCCUGAAGCAGCAGGACCCCACCGUGCUGCCCCUGCUCGAGUGCAUCGUGCUGGACCGCGUCCCCGCCUUCCGUGAUGAACACCUGCAAGGCCUGACGCGCUUCCGUGCCCUGCGCUCGCUGGUGCUGGGCGGCACGUACCGCGUGACCGAGACGGGGCUGGAUGCCAGCCUGCAGGAGAUGAACUACCUGCAGAGGCUCGAGGUGCUGGGCUGCACCCUCUCGGCCGACAGCACCCUGCUGGCCAUCAGCCGCCACCUCCGAGAUGUGCGCAAGAUCCGGCUGACCGUGAGGGGCCUCUCUGCCCCUGGCCUGGCCGUCCUGGAAGGAAUGCCGGCUCUGGAGAGUCUGUGCCUGCUGGGCCCCCUCAUCACCCCAGAAAUGCCCUCCCCCACUGAGAUCCUCUCCUCCUGCCUCACCAUGCCCAAGCUCAGAGUCCUCGAGCUUCAAGGGCUGGGGUGGGAGGGUCAGGAAGCCGAGAGGAUCCUGUGCAAGGGCCUGCCCCACUGCAUGGUCAUUGUCAGGGCCUGCCCCAAAGAGUCCAUGGACUGGUGGAUGUGACUGCCCCAUCCAUCCUUGGAAUCCAGCCCAGCUUUCACCGUUGAGCCCCAGACCCUCUGCGCAGCACGUUGAAGAGGGCAGGUAAUCUAGCUUAAAGGCACUGAAGGCCCCACGUAGGAAGAACUGGGACCUGGGGCCUCCAGACCAUUGGAAUCAUUGUUUGCCAGCUGUGUGGCCUCUUGGAGGCCCAGUUCCCACAUCUGGAAAUAGGGAAGACCAUAGCUACCUCAUGGUUAGGUUGCAAAGCUUUACUCUGAACAGCUACCGACCCCAAGAAGGCCUCAAUGAAGGGUCAUCCCUAGGGUUGUCGUUAGGAACAGGGUAGAGGCAGAAGGGUAGGGUUAAGAGCUAGGGGUGGCCAGGCCCUGUGUCUCAUGCCUGUAAUUCUAGCACUUUGGGAAGCUGAGGCAGGAGGAUCGCUUGAGCCCAGGAGUUUGAGUCCAGCCUGGGCAACAUAGCAAGACCCUGUCUCUACCAAAAAUAAAAAGAAGCCAGGGGCACCUGAAGGGCCAAGCCCCCUUAAGAGGCCUAGAAGGACUGUCUAUGCACCUGCAUCCACACACCUAUGCGCCAUUUGUAUGGUUACACGCAGGGAGAGAGAGCAAGUGAGACUUGGCUUUGAUGAUCAAAAUGUUCAUAAAGGUUCUCAAUUGUAUUUUCUGUAUUUUAUAUUCUGUAUUUUCCAUGUUUUCCAUAACAUAUAUUAUUUUGCUAUUAAA